AUGGCGAUGCCAGGACCAGGAAGAUCAGCCAAUGUACUGUCAUCUGUUACUUUCCAGCUGCUGCUGAAACUGACAUCAGUCUACUUUGCCUUUUAUUUCCUGUUCACUCUCAGCCUGAUCAUCAGAAAGAGCUUGGUGCUGUCUUAUCCUGCUGAUGAUCUGGCCUGUGAUGUCUGUCUGCUGCUCCUCCUGGCUGCUCUGGAGUUCCUCCAUUUCUUCUGUGGUGUGAAGGGGAACCUAACGGAGAGUGAGAAAUAUAUUCUGGGCAAUCUCGUUUUGACUGGGACGGCUAUCCUGCUGACGAUCUACUUCCUGGUAUGGCAGACGUACGUGAUGCGGGCAGACGUAAUCAUCAGCAGUAUCUUACUCGUUGUCUACGGCUUAGAUGGAGUAAUGGCUCUCAGCACUUUAGCCCGACUGGCCAGUGUUUAUUCAUGAAGAAGCCUCCUCAACAUCUUCAUGUUACAGCUGAACUCACAGAACUGGUGCAAUCAGAAAUCAAAGUGACUUUGUCUUUUUUAAUAUUUGCAGGAUGAAGAUUGUUUGUUUAAACUUUUUUUAUUUUUAUAACCGACUAACUAUAACUGUAGAAUACUUUAAAGGUGGGGAUGAUAUAUUUUUUUAAAUGUUUCUUUUAAUGGUUGUGCUAUGAGAUACCUCAGGGAUUUCAUUUUGGUGCUUUCAGGACUGUUUGAUAUAGAGACAUACUAACAGAGAUUGCUUUCAUGUAACAUUUCCCUAUAUGUAUAUAUAUUGCAUUUUUAAAGAUGAAUAUCUAUAUUUGUGUUACUAUUGAUCAUGUAUAUUAAAAAUACCACAUUUUAAAAGUU